AGCAAACUCUACAUUCAAAGUCAUAGUCAUGGCUGUCACCGUGAUCCUGCAUGUGUGUCUUUUAGUGCUCCAAUGUGUGUCACUCUGGCAAUACCUUUGACCAAAGGUGUUGCAUGGUAACUUGAUCUUUGUCGUAGCAACACAUGCAGAGCCAGCCCUCCACUUCCUCUUCCUUACAGCGCACUCUGUGCUUUAAGUGUAUGACUGCAGGAGGUAUGCUUUCAUGGACUCACCACCAUCACAACAACACAUACCUUUGGGUCUUUGUACCAGAGAUGGCCUUCCGGAGAGAUGUCUCCAUGGUGUCUAACCUGAUGAUCCAGCUUGAUGCCCUUUGUGCCUGCAGUGUCAGUGGCUGACUGUAGCUGUAUGCUCCUCUUCCUGUAGCACAACAAGACAGCAGUGCAGGUUAAAGAAGACAUGAAGAGGAUGGUUCAGAUACCACUACUGCGACCCAGGACAGUGGCUGCAAAGCGCACCAAGCUGUUUGGAACAACCCUGACUGAGCUUCAUCAGAAGGGCCUGGUUGAGGAUGGUGUUCCCCUGGUGUUAAGGAGGAUGGUGGACUAUCUCAGAAAGCAUGCAUUGCAUCAGGAGGGUCUGUUCAGAGUGAACGGGAAUGUGCGUGCUGUGGAGAUCCUGAAGCAGCGGCUUGAGAGCGGAGAAGAAGUGGACCUGCUAUCUGAAUCUGACUCAUGUACUGUGGCAAGCUUGCUCAAACGGUACCUCAGGGACUUGCCAGAAGGUCUGGUUGACUCCUCAGUUCAGCAGGCACUGAUACAUCAGUACCAAGAGUGUGGUGAUGAUGUGUCUUACUCAGACAUGAGAGACAUGCUCCAGCAGCUUCCAGAUGUUCACCUCAGCCUCCUCAGAUACCUCUGCCACUUCCUCACCCUCGUUGAAUGCAACCACAAGGAAAACCGCAUGACUACCCUCAACCUCGCCACUGUGUUUGGACCAAGUGUCUUCCAUGUCGCUCCUGGUUUCGAGGCAUUGAAGGACCAAAAUAUCUGUAACAAGAUCAUGGUGAAGCUCAUCCAAAACUACAACAGUAUAUUUGACAUGGACAGAAACGGAGAGAGCUGCCCAGAAGAACAGUCAGUCCUAAUCAUAGUCAAGGAGGCCAGCGUAUCAUGUGUAGAGACAAAUCCGUCACCCAGCCUCCCUGAUGGAAAUACACCAACACCACUUCCCAGGAUAAAGUCACCACAGAAUGAAGAACUUCUGAGCCAAUCCCCCACUACCUCUCCAAACAUAAGGCAGAAGAAAAAGAAGGUGAAGAAAGGGACGAAUGACAGCAUGGCUGAAGUUGUUCUUCAGCCCCGUCACUCUGCUGGGUUACCCCAUGCGAGGACCCAGCCCAUACCACUAGUCUCGCCCCUGACCUCAGAGCGGAGGACCCCCAGUCCAGAACCAAUGGAGACAGAUUCAAUUACACUGGCUUGUAAAGACACACUAAACAGCAAAUUGCACAUGGACCACCUCAGCGUUAACCCUUCAGGCAGAAUUGAGGUCCUCAGCAGCUCCCAAGAAGAAGAUAGACCAGUAUCCCCUUUCUACAUGAGUUACCACCUUUCUCCUGUCCACUGCAGACCAGAUGCUGUAAAUUUUCUGAACAGGACGAUUCGUUCAACAGUGGAGCAGCACCUCUUCAGUGUGAAUAGUCUUUGGGAUCAAAGUUCAGAGGACUGUGAGUUGACCUCUUGCCCGCCGUCUCUUCGUCUGACACCGAUUACCGCCCGACAGAGACGUCGACACCAAAGGGAGCAACAGGAGGAGGGGCUGAGACACAAAGACAAAAACAGAGCUGGAUCCGUCAGAGCAAGCACCAACAAGGAGAACAUCCCGUCAAACAGUGGAAGCAGCUCGGUCAGCGUAGGGGAGAACACAGGCUCUAUCGGGGACUCACAGGGAGGCCAAGGUGGUCACGCUGAGCGAACCCCCAAACCAAGGAAGAAACACAGCCCAACGCUGGUGCAGCUUACUGACAACCAGGACGCCCACACACUCAAGGAAUGUGUUGAGAGAACAGGCUCAAACCACAUGGAGACAUUUCAGAAAGGGAAUGACAUUUCAAGAAAAGAUAUCCUCACCUCCUCACCUCUUCCUCCACCUCAGACACUAAGGAUGAAGAUCCAGGAGUCGCCCAUCACUUGUGACAUAGGGAGGGUUGGCAGCAGUGGAGAGGUGCGAGGCUCGGACUCCGACUGCGAGAAGACGAGCUGUGAGGAUGUUCCCCGACUGGACCUGACAGCACUGACUGAGGACAACAACUGGGGAGACCCUGUGCCGGCGUACUCACUGCAGAGGGAGAGCAUGGACCGCGAGGAAGCCCGACUGUCCCCUCACGCAGGAGGGCGUCUCAUCCGCCAGCUACUGGAGGAGGACAGCGACCCCAUGCUGUCCCCUCGUUUCUACGCCUACGGACAGUGCCAGCAGUACCUGGAUGACACUGAAGUGCCUCCAUCGCCACCAAACUCACACUCGUUUGCCAGUCGCAGACGGAGUUCUUCUCUUGGCUCAUGUGAUGAUGAGAAAGAGGAGCUGACGUCUGCCCAGCUUACAAAGCGGAUUCAUAUACUGAAGAAGAAGAUCCACAGGUACGAGGAGAGGUUCGAAGAGGAGCGCAAAUACAGGCCCUCUCACAGUGAUAAAGCUGCAAACCCAGAAGUGCUGAGGUGGAUGAACGAACUGGCCAAGCUUCGCAAAGACCUAAAAGAACACAAGUUGUUGAAGUCCGAGGAGGAUCUGCCACCUCUGACCCGCCAGCGCAGCAACACUCUUCCUAAAAGCUUCGGCUCUCAGCUAGAGAGGAAAACGCAGCAGGAGAAAGUCCCGAAGCCCACGGUGGAGAGCAGCCUGGAGACGAUUCAGAAGAAGCUGCAAGAGAAGAGGGAGGAGGUGAACCGGCCUGAGGACAUCAAGGAUAUGACACGGGAGCAGAUUGGAGCUGAGAAAGUCGCCCUGCAGAAAGCUCUCCUUUACUACGAGAGUAUUCACGGCCGACCAGUCACGAAGAGUGAGAGACAAAUCAUGAAACCUCUGUACGACAGAUAUCGCCUGGUGAAGCAGAUCCUGAUAAGAGCCUCCACCAUCCCCGUCAUUGAGGAGGAGGAUGGCUCAGAGGAUGAUGGAGAAACAAAGAACCAGUUCAUGGUGACCGUGAGGCCUGACGUCAGUGUGCUCGGCUUCCUGGACCACAUGGACGAGGAGGUGGACGGUUUCAUUUCACCCGUGGACGAACUUUCACCUUCUAAGAACACGAUGGACAUGAGGCUGUCUAACCUACACGCAGCCACCACGCAGGAACUUGUGGAGCAGCUCCAGGAGACUCGAGAGGAGAAGAAGAGACUUCGCAAGAACCUGAAAGAGUUCGAGGACCAGUUCUUUAGACAGAAUGGAAGAAACGUGCAGAAAGAGGACCGCUCCCCGCUGGCAGUGGAGUACAGUGAAUACAAGCAUGUCAAAGCCAAACUGCGGCUGCUAGAAGUCCUCAUCAGCAAAAGAGACUCUUCCAAGUUCAUCUGAGAAGGAAUAAAAAAGACUUGUGAAAGGACUGAUGCUGAGUCUGUCGGGGAAAUCAUCAGAAGUUUUCUUCAUGUUACCGUCUCUGCCAGCUGAGGCUCACCUUCACAAGAGGACUUUGAUUUUCUCCAGACUCAAGCAAAGACGCACAUAAGCAACCUGAAUCACACUUUUACUGCUUAUAAUUUAUUUCUUCCCUUUUGAAUGUUAUCACACAGAAAAGUUAUUUUCUCACACUUCACCUGUAGAAGUCUUAAAAACACCUUGUAAGUAAACUAAUAGGUAUGAAAUUAUUGACAUUUUUAAGGAAGGAUUUCGUGAUUGAGAUUUAUGUGUAUUUUUUUAAGGGAGAUGUUACUAUUUGUAUAACUUCAGUCAGCUUAACAGUAUUGACUAAAUAGUUUUGUUUAUUUCACUUCUGACCAUUAUGAAAUGUGUCUGAAAUAUUCUAAUAUUGCUUCUAUAGAAGUUAAACUACAUUUGUGCUCACUUAAACGAGUGGUUCCUAGUUUUAAUACAACCCAAAGACUCAGAGUAAAAACAGCAAACCAAAAUAUUCAUCAUCAUAUUCAAUUUAACAGCUUAUUCUCCUGAUCACUGGUACUUUCUGAGGCAUUUACUGUGUAUUUAGUGCUUUCUUCUCCUCUUCACUCCAUGUGAAAUAAGCUAUUUCUUGUUGGAAUCACUGGUAUGCUUGUGCUCACUGAUGGAAUAUUGAUAUGGACGAUUGUGAGAUGACUCUGGAGGAUAGAAAUGCUCAGAGUUUCUGUCUUGUUCUUUCAAGAAGCUUCUAUCUUCUUUCUUUUUUUUAAUGUAAAAACAGAUCAGUGUGGAUGUUUACGUUUCUGUGAGCAAGUAUGUUUCCUUUCCUUUCUCCAAAAUGGAUGAUUAUCAGUGUGUAUUUCGUUUUGACUGAAUGUAAACACUGGCAAGGCUUAAUGGAUUUUGAGUGUGUACAUUUUAGUACAUAAUUUGUAAUUAUGUUUGUAUUUUGUACAUAUUGAAUGUACAUAAUGAAUGAAAUCAUAUUUUUACUGAGCUUUUGA